GAGAAAUGGAAGAGCAGGGUGGGGAAGAGGGCGGUGUCUAGAGCUGAGGCUGUGAGUCUGGGGGGCGGGGCUUCAGGUGUUGGAAGCAGAAAGCCGAGUUGACGGGUUGCAGGUCUCCGACACGCUUGGGAGGAUGAGAGGCAUGGCUGGCGCCUUCCAGGAAGCAGACUAGGCGCCUCUGUUGUGGGGGCAAACGCCCAGGCAAUUUCUAAAAUUUAUAAUUCUCUAAUCGAGUGACUUUUAUGUUGAGCAAGUUUCUCGACCUGUUAACAUUUGUUGUAAACCAAGGUCCAAGACAGGCAUAACUUAGCUGGCAUUAGGAAAGGAACCAUAUCCUCCGCUGGAUAGCCCCUAGCAUUCUGGUCUUGGAAUAGCUGAAUCAGAUUCAUUCAUUGAUUCAUUCAACAAAUACUGUUGAGAACCAUCUAUGUGCUAGGCACUCUGCAUAAGUACAGAGGAUACGAUGGUGAGCAAAACAGAUCCCUGCUUUCAUAGAGCUGACCUUCUAGUUGGGAAGAGCUAACUAAAGAAAACGUGAAAGAAGCCAUGAGAAUGUAUAACAGGGGAAGUGAACUAAGAUCUAGUGGGUGAGUAGGAGGUAACCAGAGGAAGCACUUUCUGGACUGUGAAAACUUCUCAGGCAAAGGCUGUCAGGCCAGAAUGUCUUGGAGCUGUAAGGCCCGUGAGGCUGGAGCAAAAGCAACUUAAGGAGUGUGGAGUUCCAGAUGAGGCUAGAGAGGUAUGCAGGGAUAAGAUCAUGCAAAGCCUAGUAGGACAUGAUAAGGCUUUGGGGUUUUAUCAUAAAAGCAGGGUACACUUUGAAGGGUUAAGGAGGGAAAUGAUAUGACUAGAUUUGCAUUUUUAGUUCACUGUGGCUGCUAUGUGGAGAACAGAUUGUAGAGGGUAGCAAGAGUAGAAACUGGGAGACCACUGAAGAGGCUGUUGCAGAAGUCCAGAGGGGGUUGAUGAUGUCUUGGACUGUGGUGGUGGCAGUUGAGAAGGAGAGAAUUGUACGGAUUUGAGAUACACUGGCUAGGAGGGAGAUGACCUCGAUAUUACGGAGCCCUCAGGCUCUCCAGCUUACUCUGGCUCUGAUCAAGCCUGAUGCAGUUGCUCACCCACUGAUUCUGGAGGCAGUUCAUCAGCAGAUUCUGAGCAACAAGUUCCUUAUUGUACGAAUGAGAGAACUUCUGUGGAGAAAGGAAGAUUGCCAGAAGUUUUACCAAGAGCAUGAAGGGCGUUUUUUCUAUCAGCGGCUGGUGGAGUUCAUGGCCAGUGGGCCAAUCCGAGCCUACAUCCUCGCCCACAAGGAUGCCAUCCAGCUCUGGAGGACAGUGAUGGGACCCACCAGAGUGUUUCGAGCACGCCACGUGGCCCCAGAUUCAAUUCGUGGGAGUUUCGGCCUCACUGACACCCGUAAUACAACCCAUGGCUCAGACUCUGUGGUUUCAGCCAGUAGAGAGAUCGCAGCCUUCUUUCCCGACUUCAGUGAACAGCGCUGGUAUGAGGAAGAGGAGCCCCAGUUGCGCUGUGGCCCUGUGCGCUACAAUCCAGAGGGAGGCAUCCACUUUGCAGCUGGAACAGGAGGCCCAGGGCCAACCUGACGCAGGCCUGUUGGUCUGUGAAGAGUGAUGGCGUUGCCCAGCCUUUUCUCGCAGACCUCUGGUCCAGAGCAUUCUCCUAGGACCAGGGAGGCCUGGGGCUCAUUGUGCCAUCUCUGCUGGGCACCGCCACCUGCAUAAGAGCCUAGCUCCUCACUGCUACCUCUUCUAGAAUCUAACUCUCUAUCUACCUCUUCUCUGGAAUGUUCAUGGGUGGUUCAGAGGAAUGAUGGCUCCUUUUUUUCUGAGAACUGUUCAUCCUUUUUCAAGGAGGGGCUUGCCUAACUGACUUGCCUGAAAAAUGCAGUGACCGUAUUAGCAACAUUUGGUCUAUUUUCCUUAAUAAAAGUCAGUAUUCUACUGAA